AUGAGCUAUUACUACGGCAACUACUAUGGUGGCCUGGGCUAUGGCCUUGGUGGUCUGGGCUGCAACUACGGCUGUGGCUAUGGCUUCUUCCGAGGUCUGGGCUGCGGCUACGGUGCUGGCUAUGGUGGCUAUGGAUAUGGCUGCUACCGCCCCCCUGACACAAUGAGCUACUACUACGGCAACUACUAUGGUGGCCUUGGCUAUGGCCUUGGUGGCUUUGGUUGCCUGGGCUAUGGCUAUGGCUCCACCUAUGGUCUUGGAGGCUAUGGUGGUUAUGGCUCUGCUGAUAUUGAUUCUCAUCAGAGUCACCUUCGACAUCCAACUCAAUCCUCGGGCCCUGGCACAAUGAGCUUCUACUACGAUAACUGCUACGGCGGCCUUGGCUAUGGCCUCACUGGUUUCAGAGGACUGGGCUAUGGCUAUGGCUCCAGUUAUGGCCUUGGAGGCUAUGGAGGUUAUGGCUCCGAAUCCUCAAGCCCUGACCCAAUGAGCUUCUACUACGGCAACUACUACGGCGGCCUUGGCUAUGGCCUCGGUGGUUUCAGAGGCUUGGGCUAUGGCUAUGGCUCCAGUUAUGGCCUGGGAGGCUAUGGAGGUUAUGGCUGCCUGGGCUACGGCUGCGGAGGCUUUGGCGGCCUGGGCUUCGGCCGUGGCUGCCUGAGCUGCGGCUACGGAGGCCUCGGCGGCCUGGGCUUCAGCCGUGGCUAUGGAUGCGGCAGCUUCCGCAGGCUGCGCUUUGGCUCUGGCUUUGGAGGCUACGGAUGUGGCUCUGGUUUCGGAAGCUUUGGCUCUGGCUGCUAUCACCGCCCACUCUUCUUUAGAAGAUGUGGUUUCUCCAGCUUCUACUAA